CGGCAGAGGAGGCAUGCUGCGAACCCCAUCAGUCAAGGAUUUUCGGUUGAUGGGGUCCAGGAGAAGAGUCUAUUCUGCCAAGACUCCUGCUCUUUGGAACACUGUACCCACCAAGCACGCCAGUGGUUUCUAUGGCAACCACAGAAGCAGAUGCAGGAGUGACUUCAACCAGGAGUAUCGUAAAGCAGCCCGUCCACAACCUCCUGAUAUCUUUCUGAAGAGGAUGAAGGAAAACCCUUCAAAGCACAUAUUCUCCAAGCAUGACAACCGACAAGCCUUCCCAGGAACAGCUACGUAUUUUGAGCAUGGCUUAGGGAGAAGGAGAAUAGAAGGGAGUCUUCCCAAUACCCGGAACUUGAUUGACUGGGUCCCCUUGAAGGAGGAAUUAGAACGUGAUAGGCCCCUCCACUCGAGUUAUCAGUACGAUUUCCACUCCAAAGAGAAGAUUCCCCAGCUCUUAAUUCAACACCACUUUCAAAGGCAACCCCUCCAACGUAUACCCAGCACCACCUACCAACAUACCUACCACAGCUAUUGUUUACCUCAACCCAACCCAAGCAUACUCCAAGAGCAGCGGUUGGCCAAGGAUCCCAAACCGAAAGAUCCCGAAUCUACUGUUCCUGCCUCCAGUGAGCCUAGCAUUCUUGCCUCCAAUGAUCCUCCAGCUCCUGCCUGCAGCGAGGCCACGGCAACAGACAACACAACAGCUGCAGAAGCUGUUGCUCCGGCACCUGUUUCUAAGCGUUCGGUGUUUCUUCUUCCACCCCGACUGACAGUUUACGACUGUUUGCACUGGCAUAAUUGUUGAUCGCAUAUCCAAAAGGUUCUGUUCAUUUGACUGAGGAAAAUGAAAAGCUCUUUUGUAAAUGCUAAAAGUAAGAGAAAAAUAAUUAAAAUCUUGCUGGACUGCAGAGAGUUUUUUGUCACAGCGGAGAAUAUUUUGUAGCUCACAGCCAAGUUCUGCCAAGGUAGAAUAUUUGCUAUGAACGGCACAGGAAGGAUCCUGUCAGUUUUAUGUGUUAUGUUUUAUGUGUUAUGUUUUCAAGCACACUUCCUUGGACAAUUUUUCUAACAAAGGAAUUUAUUUAUCUUUUUGAAGAAAAUCUUUUCGUUAAGCUUGUUCAGCUUGUUGAAGUUUAAUUGUAGCAUAUAAUGUCAUCAUCUUGUAUUUCAAAAUAAGUAAUUGAAAUAAAGUUGUUAGGGCAGGAGAACUGGGUAAGUAAAGCAUUCAGGAAAGGUAGCAGGCAUGAAGAAUGAGCAUCAAAAUUUGUGAAAGAGAAAGUUUCUUUCUUUUAGAUCUGUCAUUAGUGACUUUAAACUUUUCGUAUGACAACUGAAUAAAUGGAUACCGUAAUAAUCUCACUUGUUAGAUUGGAUUUUAACUCAGCCGGGUCUUGGUUGGAAAAUGUCACAUGUUCAUAACCUUUGGUAUGCAUUAAACUUUUGUAGGCCACCAUUA